CCUGGAGUAGACCGAGUCUGGCCGGUGGGGGUUCUGGGCUAUGAGCCUUUGAGGGUCGCGGAGCGAGACCCGAGAGCCGAGAGCUAUGUCUCAGCCGCCGCCGCCGCCGCCUCCUCCGCUGCCGCCUCCUCCUCCCCCUCCUGAGGCUCCGCAAACUCCGUCGUCUUUGGCGGCGGCGGCGGCAGCUGCUCCGGGAGGGCUUUCGAAGCGUAGAGACCGGAGAAUCCUUUCCGGGAGCUGCCCAGAUCCGAAGUGCCAGGCGCGCCUGUUCUUCCCGGCCUCCGGUUCGGUCAGCAUCGAGUGUACGGAGUGCGGACAGCGGCACGAGCAGCAGCAGCUGCUGGGGGUGGAGGAGGUGACCGACCCGGACGUCGUGCUGCACAACCUGCUGCGGAACGCGCUACUGGGGGUGACGGGAGCACCCAAGAAGAACACGGAACUGGUAAAGGUGAUGGGCCUUUCUAACUACCAUUGUAAAUUGCUGUCGCCCAUACUAGCUCGAUAUGGAAUGGACAAACAGACAGGCCGGGCCAAGCUUCUCCGGGACAUGAACCAGGGCGAACUGUUUGAUUGCGCCCUGCUGGGUGACCGGGCCUUUCUCAUAGAACCAGAGCAUGUUAACACGGUGGGGUACGGAAAGGACCGCUCCGGAAGCCUCCUCUAUUUACAUGACACUCUUGAGGAUAUCAAGAGAGCUAAUAAGAGUCAGGAAUGCCUCAUUCCAGUGCAUGUGGAUGGAGAUGGACACUGCCUGGUGCAUGCUGUAUCUCGGGCUCUCGUAGGCCGAGAGCUCUUCUGGCAUGCCCUGAGAGAGAAUCUUAAACAGCACUUUCAGCAGCACCUGGCCCGAUAUCAAGCCCUGUUCCACGACUUUAUUGAUGCUGCUGAAUGGGAGGACAUAAUCAAUGAGUGUGACCCUCUAUUUGUGCCCCCUGAGGGUGUUCCCUUAGGCCUGAGGAACAUCCACAUAUUUGGCCUUGCUAAUGUGUUACAUCGUCCUAUAAUUCUGUUAGAUUCCCUCAGUGGCAUGAGAAGCUCUGGUGAUUAUUCAGCCACCUUUCUGCCUGGGCUCAUACCUGCAGAGAAGUGCACUGGGAAAGAUGGUCAUUUGAACAAACCAAUCUGUAUUGCAUGGAGUAGCUCUGGUAGAAACCAUUACAUCCCUUUGGUAGGCAUAAAAGGGGCGGCUUUGCCCAAACUACCUAUGAAUUUACUUCCUAAAGCAUGGGGUGUGCCACAGGACCUUAUUAAAAAGUACAUUAAACUUGAGGAAGAUGGUGGUUGUGUUAUAGGAGGAGACAGAAGUUUGCAAGAUAAAUACUUACUUAGGCUUGUUGCUGCUAUGGAAGAAGUCUUUAUGGACAAACACGGUAUACAUCCUAGUUUGGUUGCUGAUGUCCAUCAGUAUUUCUACAGAAGGACUGGAGUGAUAGGAGUCCAGCCCGAAGAAGUUACAGCAGCUGCUAAAAAGGCAGUAAUGGAUAAUCGCCUUCACAGGUGUUUGCUCUGUGGCGCCCUUUCUGAACUUCAUGUUCCUCCAGAGUGGUUGGCUCCAGGAGGGAAACUAUAUAACCUGGCAAAAAGUACUCAUGGACAGCUGAGGCCUGACAAAAAUUAUAGCUUUCCCUUGAACAAUUUGGUUUGCUCAUAUGAUUCAGUGAAAGAUGUUCUGGUACCAGACUAUGGAUUGAGUAAUCUAACAGCUUGUAAUUGGUGCCAUGGCACAUCUGUGCGAAGGGUCAGAGGAGAUGGAUCUAUUGUAUAUUUGGAUGGAGACAGAACUAAUUCUAGGUCUACUGGUGGCAAGUGUGGUUGUGGAUUCAAACACUUUUGGGAUGGUAAAGAGUAUGACAAUCUACCAGAAGCUUUCCCUAUCACUUUGGAAUGGGGAGGAAGAGUGGUCAGAGAAACAGUGUAUUGGUUCCAGUAUGAAAGUGAUCCAUCUUUGAAUAGUAAUGUGUAUGAUGUUGCAAUGAAACUUGUUACCAAGCACUUUCCAGGUGAAUUUGGGAGUGAAAUUCUAGUUCAGAAAGUUGUUCACACUAUAUUGCAUCAGACUGCCAAAAAGAAUCCUGAUGAUUAUACUCCUGUAAAUAUAGAUGGUGCUCAUGCCCAAAGAGUUGGAGAUGUACAAGGACAAGAAUCAGAGUCUCAGCUCCCAACUAAAAUUAUUCUUACUGGACAGAAAACAAAAACUUUGCACAAGGAAGAGUUAAAUAUGAGUAAAACUGAAAGAACUAUUCAACAGAAUAUUACAGAACAGGCUUCUGCAAUGCAGAAACGGAAAACAGAGAAGUUAAAACAAGAACAAAAAGGACAGCCCAGAACUGUUUCUCCCACUACCAUUCGUGAUGGUCCAUCCUCUGCACCUGCUACCCCUACCAAGGCUCCCUAUUCACCUACAACUUCUAAGGAGAAGAAGAUCCGAAUAACAACUAAUGAUGGUCGACAGUCCAUGGUUACACUCAAGUCUUCAACAACCUUUUUUGAACUUCAGGAAAGUAUAGCCAGAGAAUUCAACAUUCCUCCAUAUUUACAGUGUAUUCGAUAUGGCUUUCCUCCUAAAGAGUUACUGCCACCACAGGCAGGAAUGGAAAAGGAGCCUGUUCCUUUACAGCAUGGUGACAGAAUUACAAUAGAGAUUCUAAAAAGCAAAGCAGAAGGUGGUCAGUCAGGUAUAGCACACUCAGCUCACACUGUGAAACAAGAAGAGAUUGCUGUUACUGGUAAGCUGUCAUCGAAGGAGCUUCAGGAGCAAGCUGACAAAGAGAUGUAUUCCUUGUGUCUUUUAGCAACAUUAAUGGGAGAAGAUGUGUGGUCUUAUGCGAAGGGACUUCCUCACAUGUUUCAGCAGGGUGGUGUAUUCUACAAUAUUAUGAAGAAAACCAUGGGUAUGGCUGAUGGCAAGCAUUGCACUUUUCCACAUCUACCUGGCAAAACCUUUGUUUAUAAUGCUUCUGAAGAUAGACUGGAGUUGUGUGUGGAUGCUGCAGGACAUUUUCCCAUUGGUCCUGAUGUUGAAGAUUUAGUGAAAGAGGCUGUAAGUCAGGUUCGAGCAGAGGCGACUACAAGAAGUAGGGAAUCAAGUCCCUCACACGGGCUGUUAAAACUAGGUAGUGGUGGAGUAGUAAAAAAGAAAUCUGAGCAACUUCAUAAUGUAACGGCCUUUCAGGGAAAGGGGCAUUCUCUAGGAACUGCAUCCAGUAACCCACACCUUGAUCUAAGAGCUAGGGAAAUUCCAGUUGUAAGAAAGCAUAAUACAGGGUCAGACUUUAGUAACAGUUCCACUAAAACAGAGCCUCCUGCAUUCACAGCUGCUCCUAGUAACAGUGAGCUUAUUCGAAUGGCACCUGGAGUAGUAACAAUGCGAGACAGCAGGCAGCUUGAUCCUGAUUUGGUUGAGGCCCAGCGAAAAAAAUUGCAGGAAAUGGUUUCUUCUAUUCAGGCUUCAAUGGACAAGCACUUGCGGGAUCAAAGUACAGAGCAUUCACCAUCUGAUCUUCCUCAGAGAAAAGUCGAAGUUAUAAGUUCUUCUAUGAAGUCUGGGAAUCUUCAGAUUGACUUGCCUGAAUCUUUUCCUUUAACCGGUGGUACUGAAAAUUUGAAUACAGAAACAACUGAUAGCUGUGUGGCAGAUACACUGGGGGCAGCAUUUUCCACAAGGUCAAAAGCACAAAAGGAAAAUUCUGUGGAGGAACCUGAAGAAAUGGAUAGUCAAGAUGCUGAGAUGACUAAUACAACUGAGCCAAUGGAUCAUUCUUGAUUUAAUUAGGCACUAAUAAAGGCAGAGUGUUUAUUGUGAAUAUGUAAUAUUUGUUGGCUGGGCCACAUAACUUGAUUAGUCAUUUAAAAUCUUGUACAUAUAUAAUUCAAAGAUUAUACCUUGUUAUUCAGUGCAUGAUAGCAAGUGUGUGAUUGGCAAUAGCUUUUAAUAUACUGCUGCCCAGGCUGGCUCUGAAUUCCCAUAAAGUAGAUAUUUAGAUCUGCUGAGAUAAGUUUCUUUCAUUUCUGUGGUUCAUUGGAAGUUCACUGUGAUUUCAGUUCCAUGAAAGUCUUAAAUGUUUCAAAAAUGAAAAUUCUUGUGCUAAAAAUGUAUGAUUUCAGAAAAGACAGAACUGGGGAGGAAAUGAGAUUUUGCUAAUGUUGAUGUUAUCAGGAUAACCAUCCUACAUUAUUAGAGUGUCAAAAAUUUAUGUAAAUUUGAAGGUUAUCUAAACUAGAUUAUAUUUUAAAAUUCACAAAAUGAUUUUAUUAGUGAUACUGACAUUUUUGUGAACAUAAAUACAUUCAUAGAAAUAGCUGUUCUUGGCAAAAACAUCUUGAGAAGAGUGUGUAAUGAAAUAACAUUUUGCUGAUUUGAACAAUAUUGGGGAAAAAUACGUAUUCUAGAAUGAUAAUGUGAUUCAGUUAGUUGCUGUCUGAGCCAACAUGGCCAAUUGUGUGGUCUGUGGAUAAUAUGUUACCAUUAUUUUUUGAAUCCUGGCCUGGUUCAAGUGCCACCUAAUUUUUUUUUAAUCUUAUAGAAGAGUUGAUUGUAAAUUGUGGUAGAAAAUUUAAAAAUAAUGGUAGCAGUAGUUAAUUUCUAAUUUUCAGAAUAUGUCAGAUUUAUAGAGAAUUUAUAAAUAAGAAUUUAUGUUUAUGAAUGAGUUACAUUUUGAUCAGUGGUAUUUAUGCCUAUAUAUGCUAAGUGUCUUUGAGCCCCUCUGAACCAAAAAAAGGUCCUUUUUUAUUAGAGUCCAUAAGAUUUUCUUUAUUUGUUGGCUUCACUUGGAUUUGGAUGCAAAUUUUACUGCACCAUACCCUGAUCAACUCAGCAUUUGCUUAAAUAUUGUAUUCAUUAACUCUUUAGUGCCAGUUCCUUGAGAAGCAGCUUUCAUGCUUAUUCCUUAGAGACAAAAGUGUUUAUCUCAAGAUUGGUAUUGCAUUAUAUUAUCCUGUUCUGCAGAUCUGUAUUCUGAAAUGUACAUUUCAAUCUGUCUCCCUCUGUUCACUGAAAUUAAGUUGAAUUUGAAUGGAUGAAAGACAAAAUGUAAGUUAAUACAAUUUCUUUCUCAGAGCA